UGAAUGCAUUUCAACCACAUGUCGCCCAUCGUAUACGGGAAGACGCCAUAUUGAUAUUUAUCCAUGGACGGUAGGGAGGAAGAUUAAACGCUUCGCUAGGAUAACGACAAAGGGAGGUUGUCGAGAAAUAUGUCAACAUUUACGGGACAGAGGUCCAUGUCUUGGGACGCCGUGGACAUCACCCGCCUGACGGAUCCGUUCUUCGUGUUGAGAUUCUGGAUGCCGCGUGGGGACACGAGUGCUGACGGUCACGUGACUCUCGCACUGCAUGAUGGGACAUACGUAGGUGGCUAUUGGAUGGAUGGUGUUUUCACAAAAAGCGAAAGUUACAACGAUGAUGUCAAGCGAGUAGGGUGUAACCCAAAUCUGACUCUGAAACUAUUUUACAAAACACAUCUCCCUAACGAUGCUGCUGUGAAAGUGUGGACGAAAAACACGCUCUUUGGUCUCCUGCUGGACCCGGAAGUCACGUGUUCGUCUAUUGUAUAUAGUGCCCUGCUCAUAGGUGGCGCUUCACUCGAUGGGAUGAACUUUGCUGACGUGACUCCUCCUGUUUUGAGGGAAUUGGUAUUUGGCAUGGUACGGAAUCAAGUCAUGGACCCCGAAGUGGACUGAAAAUGGACGCAAGUGACAACCCCGUGUUCUGAAGCUGAGCCCUAUCGUGCAAUUAGUGUGUAUAGUGUCUUCCGA